AUGGGCCCCUGUACCGCCUCCUCAUGCUGCUGCCAGGCCCGUAAAUCUGCCAUGGGCCCCCGUACCGACUCCUCAUGCUGCUGCCAGGCCCGUAAUCUGUCAUGGGCCCCUGUACCGCCUCCUCAUGCUGCUGCCAGGUCCAGAGUGUGUCAUGGGUCCCUGUACGGCCUCCCAUUGCUGCUGUCUCCAUCGCCACACUCUGCCAUGUGCCACUUCAGGUCUCCUCACACUGCUGGUGUGUUCCAUUUUGUCAUAGGGUGCUGUAUGGCCUCCCAGUUGCUGCUGCCUCCACCGCUACACUGUGGCUCCCAUACUCUGGUUUUGGCCCCGUGACUGCCCAAAUGAGUGAAGUGUGCGGUGAUUCUAAGAUCGACGCCACUCAUUCUGCAUGUCAUACUGACUGACAGUAUUAUUUCUCUUCCCCAGCAGACUCCAAGGGCAUUUAAAUUAAAGGUACAGUGUUCUGCACUAAAUAUAA